UCCUAUACGCACAGACGAUCAGCUGUCGAACAGUUGUUUCUUUCCCCCCUUUCUUUCUUCAAUUUUGCCAGGAAACUAUCCUGUCUUAUCACCAUGUCAUAUUAUCCUGACGCUUAUCGACUUCAAGACCAACCUAGCAGAGGCCAUCGACAUCCCAAUCCAUCUACUGGAUCGAUGUCUACAGACAAUCGUCGCCGUGACUAUGCUCCUCCCCAAUAUCGUGCCAACAUUGACUCCGAUGGUGUCAAACCGCCCAUCUUCGAACCUCAGGGUAUUAAACCACCAGACCUUGUUUAUGGAGACAGAUGGAAUACUGUAAACGUUGCUCUGCCUCAGGAUCCACGGACCCGUAUUAUUCGCACACCGAGUCCGACCCCCAGCGAGGCCCGUGCAUUGGAAGAAAUCGGUUCCACUUCGGGCUUGAUAAACUGGAAACGCAUAAGGUCAAAGGAAUUCUGGAUGUCGAAGGAAGGGUUGAAGUAUGGAAUUGUCGCCGCUGUCGUUAUUACCUUAGUAGUUCUCUUCGCGGUGUAUCACAAAGACAUCGUUAUUUUCCUUACACCUGCGACACAGUGGUGCCACGAUCAUAGAUUUGGCUGGCUCAUCCCCGUGGGACUGCUCAUUGUUGUAUCGUUCCCUCCUCUUUUUGGUCACGAAAUAAUCAAUAUGCUUUGCGGUAUUGGUUGGGGUAUCGGAGUAGGUUUUGGUAUAGUGGCCUUGGGCACUCUGUUAGGCGAAAUAGCCAAUUACUUUACAUUCAAGUAUUGUUGUAGUACCCGAUCCCAGAAGUAUGAGAAGAAGAACCUCACGUAUGCUUGUCUUUCGAGAGUGGUGCGCUCCGGUGGUUUCAAAAUUGCACUCGCAGCCCGCUUCUCGAUUAUUCCCCCUCAUUUAACCACAACUGUCUUCGCCUCCUCAGGAAUGGGGUUCUAUACAUUCAUGGCCGCGGCUGUUUGUUCUCUUCCGAAACAGUUAGUGACGGUCUAUAUUGGAGUCCUCCUCGAGGACUCUAUCAACGGAACGUCGUCAAGAGACAAAAUUGCUUCUAUCGCUGUGGCCAUUGUCUUUGCCGGCGUCACCUCUUUUGCUUUCCGAUACGUUAACAGAAAGAUGGACGAGAUCAAGCCUGCAGUCAUUUACGAACGCAGGAAACAUCGGUGUGUUAUUCUGCGGUAAUCAUAUGUCGAUUUUCAUGUUUCGUCUUCCUUAGACAAGCGGCAAACUUGAAGAUGCUUUCGUGAGGCGGUGGUAUGGUAUAAUGUAUUGAUGACUUCGAAGACUGGGACAGAUUCUGAGCUAUUCUGAGUAAUUGUAAUUUUAUCUUGAUGUAGCGUGUCGCGAGCUAGUAAUUAUCCAAUCACGAACUUCGGCCGGGGGUCAUCUUAAGAUAUUCCUGCACCUGUA